CACCUUAUUGCGAAGAAAGAGAUAGGCGAGACCGAUUGCGAGCGUAUCAGCGAGUCCUGGGAUUUUUCCUCCCUCGUCUGUCCGUCCGAGCCAGCCAGCCAGCCAGCCAGCCGGUUCAUUGUUGCCGCGUGCGUGCGGUGCGGCAAACGAAGACGAACACGAAGACGACGACGACGAGGAGGAGGACAACGCGACAAACGCGAGCGACUCAACCUGACCUGACGGUUCGCUUAAUACGGCGUCGCUGUGCACGCCAGCGUUAUUUUGACCCGUCCCGAGACCCGAGAGCGUGCGACGAGAGCUCACAGCUGAUAUCGCGCACGUCGCGUCGCACGUACGUCGCAGUAGUAGUUGAUAGUGCACAUACGCCGCGCAAACGUCACAACGAAAAUGAGUCUGAAGCCGAAGACAUACAAGCAGAAACGCUCGUUCGAACAACGAGCUGCUGAUGCGGAAGUCAUCAGAGAACGGCAUCCAAAUAAAAUUCCUAUUAUCGUGGAACGUUUCUCUGGAGAGAAUCAACUGCCGCUUCUGGACAAGACUAAAUUUCUAGUGCCAGAUUUCUUGACCGUGGCGGAACUCGUUAGAAUAAUCAGGCGUCGAUUAGAGCUGAAUCCGACACAAGCAUUUUUCCUAUUAGUAAAUCAGAAGACAAUGGCGAGUGGCAGCACAACCAUGGCUGAGCUCUACCAACAUGAAAAAGAUCCAGACGGUUUUCUUUACAUGGUAUUUGCCAGUCAGGAUGUGUUUGGCCAUUAACCAGAGAUAUGAUACCCCUAAACCAAGUAAAAACGAAAUACCUCCCUGAAACUUCAGAAUACUUUGAUAGGUGUUUACGUGGAAUCUUGUGGGAAUUUUAGAUCUGCUAGCAACUCUGUCUGCCUUUAAUUGAAUGUGCAGAAUCUUUGUGAUCAACUGACGGUACCUGCUGGAAUAAUUAACAGAACAAUCAUAUUUGGAACCUAUGUAUAAAAUCAUCACGGUGCUUUGUACCUUUGACAUACGGACAUUAAUUACAUUUGACAUAAGUUAGUGUAGCAUUUGCUUAGUUCACUACUAAUAAUGACAGUUUCUAUUGUUAAUUUUAGCGGUGAUAGGCUAUAAAACAGUAAUAGUAUAUAGAACGUUAAAGGUGUCAUGUAUAAAUUCCUUUUAAUGGGUAAGGAUUUUGCGGGGGAUUAUUUUUACUCCCGUGUUUUUAGUCACUUAGUACUUUCAUAAGGUCGUAGUAAGUUUCAAAUAUGUUCUCUAUUCUCGAUUUUAUUAUUUUAGAGAUAAUAAUUUACAUAAUAGUAGGCCAGUGCUACUUUAUUCAUGCCAAUUUAUAUGCAUAAUUUACGUAAUUUGAGACAGCUUCUGCAUGUGUAACAUGGGUUUAUUACCGAAAUCCAAAAAUCAAAACUGGUGCGAUAUGUUCAUCGGUUAACUGAGAACUGUCAUUUAGUUAAUUUGCGUUUGUCAGCUGACCAAAUUUCCGCAUUCUUUUUGGCAUUUGUGGUUAAUAUAUCGUGCUUUCACCUAUUGCCAAUAUAAUUCUCCCAGAAACAUGUCAUCUCUCAAUGAGAAUAUCUACUUACCAUAAUAAUAUCUUCAUUAAGUAUUAUUUUUACCACCACAAUGCUAAGACAUUGACGAAAGUGUUCAUGUACAUAACAAUAUACAUGUAUGGUGAUAUGCGUUAAAUUCUCGCGCGAAAUUACAUUUACUGAGUUUUACACAAGAUGUAAAAUUGAUCUCUGUCGAGUGUCACGAUAUGCAACAAAGAUAAUUAAGUACUAUUAACUAGCAGAGUAUAAAUUCUUCAGGGCAAUGUUUUUUAAGAUACCCCGAUACUAAAUAUCCAUCUUCAGAGAAGUCGUGCAAUAACACCUCUAGCAAACGCCGAAAGGUGGUUCAUAAUUGUAAAAGCGAGCAAGAGAAGUGUCGGAUACAGGAGAUACAGGAAUUUUGUCAAAAGUUUCUCAAAUAUUGCGUACAAAAGUGAUUACACUGUUUGUACACUGAUACCUGCUGCGGUAUCAUAUCGAGCUUUAAUACCGCGUUACAGCUGAUGAUGACCAGUUCAUGCACACAUUGCUCUACGCAACCAUUUAAUGUAAUAGUCACGUUUAUGUGUAAAUAUUCAUCGACAUUACCGUAAUUUACAUUAUAUUAUUGCGUAUAUCGGAUGCAAAGAAAUACGUAAAAACGUGUUUCCAGUGACAACCAAAUUUGUAGCACACACUACAUGGGUACAACAUGAUACUGCAGCUUAAUUAUCUUUAUUUUUUUUGUAUAUGAUUAGCAUGUAUCAAUUUUUUUUUAUGUACGUACUGCGUAAGGGACACAUCGUAUAGUCAUCGCAAAGCAGGACGAAAGCAAAAGACGGGAUAUGUAUUUGAACAUGACUCAAAUUGUGUCCUGAUGAUGAUGAUGAUGAUAUGAGUUCCGUUCAUUUUAGCGUUGCAUCUUCUACCUUUAAAAAUGAAACAUUAUACAUAUACAUAUAUAUAUAUAUAUAUAUAUAAGUAUGUAUAUAUGUGUGUAUGUAUAUUUGGGCUUUUGGAGAGAGAGAGAAAGAGACAAGAAACAAAGUGACGAAUGUGCAGCUAAAAAAUGAACAGACCUAUACUAUCAAUGACGACAGUAGUGAUACUAGCAGUAGUCAUCAUGUUAUAUUUAGCCGUAAAGCUUUCGUAAAAAUAUACGGAAAGCUCUAUGUACCCCACAUUGUACGAACUAUUUGCAAUAAACUAAUUUUUUUCAUA